CGUUUCGGGAGGCCCUCUCUCAUUUCUCUCGCACACUCCCCCAUGUGAGCCUCGCCCUGCGGCUGUUUACUUUUGUGUCCACUAAUAAAGGAUCGUUAUAUUUCCUCAUCUCGCCUCCCAGCUUUUUGUUACAGCGCAAGAGCCGGGUUGUAACAUAUGGGGGCUCGUUGGUUUUGAACCUGGUCAAUUCGGAGGUAGUUUUUCGCAAAUAGAGUCCGUUGUUGUGUAACUGAGAGGAACUUAACACACAGCUGUAGCGGGUUGCGUGCAGUGGGCCGUGAUGGAGCGCACAGCUUAUUGUUUGGGAGUAGCCAUGAAGAGGUUAAAACGGCUGCUGGUGUCCAGACAGAAGUUUGAGGAGGAGAAGAAGAGGGAGGAAGCUGAGAAGAAAGUUCACAUCCUGGAGGAGACGCUGCAGAAAAAGGUUCUGCCGGUCCCAGAGGAGAAGACCAGCAGAGAGGAAGCUGAGAAAGACCUGAAGCUCACAGUUCCUCUCAGUGCUUCAUCUCCUUCAUGUGGUGUCUCAGAGGGGAACCAACAACCCCAUGAGAAGAAGCAGAGGGGAAAGAAAGCUUGGGGAUUUGCAAAGAAGUUUCAGGCAGGAGGAUGUGAAGAGUUUUAUAAUUCUCAAUCUGUGGAACUACACCGCAGCCGCGCCGUGUUUAACCACACGCGACCCCCUCGUACAGGAUUGAAUAUUGAGGUCCGCCAACAGGGCAUCUGUAUCCGUCUCAAAAACAUUACAACUGAGGACAAUCAUCUGGGAGGCUUGGAGUUACAUCAGCAGGUUAACGACAACAAAACCUGCAUGUACACAUUUGAUCAAUCUUUCAAACUCAAGGCUGGAAGAUGUGUCACUAUGUGGGCAGCGGGUUAUGGUCCCAAUCGUUCUAACACUGAGCUGGAGUGGAAGGAUCUGAAGCCCUGGAAGACCGGAGACAGAGUGUGGUUCACCCUCGAUUCAUUCUGGAUGUACUGACAUAUUUUAACUACCCUCUUUUCUGCUCUUAUUGUGCUUAUCUUAUCAACGUCUGCUCACUUUCUUCCUAGCAAAAACUAGCUGGAGUUAUUUUUGAACUUGUCCCCGUUUUGUGAAGAAGAUGUGUGAAGUGACGGAGCAGAUUUAUCAGCAGAUUAACAGCAAAAAGACAUGAGAGAAAGUUACAACAUUAUAAAAUAUCUGAACAUUAUUCACAGGAACAGGAAGACUCAGACGGUGUAUAUUGCCAAAAAUAUAAUUCACUAUUCAAGUCUAUGUAGUUAAGAUGUAAACAUUUGUUUUAUUUUUGUAUUUACAUGAUGCUGAUGUACAAUUUUGAUACUUGCUUACGGCCAUGUUAACUUUCAAAUAUGUUUUUAAUGUCCCGUGAGAGAUAAUGUUUAAUUUUAAGGUGAUAUGUUUUAAUUAUAUUUCUGCCAUCUGGUUCUGGGACGGGCUCCAAAAACACUUUGUUUUAGUUUCACUGAAGAUGACGAAAUGGGGUUUAGUAUUCUCUCUUUCUCUCAUUUGUAUUACGGCUCUUGGUGUUAUGAUGUACUUUAGAAUUUAAAUCAAUUCAAACGGAUGAUUUUUGAUCUUAUAAAUGCAAUUAAUGUUUUUAAUA